AUGAGACCAGAUAAUGAUAUACAUGUUGUUGAAAGUCCCAUAAAUGACCCCCACAUAUUUCCCACCGACAGCGGCGGUUCCACCGGUGCAUCAGGUUAUUCCAAUGCUUCUGACUUGGAAUCAGCAGUAUCAUCCUCCGACUCAUCAUCAGGUCGAUUCAAUCCACGAUAUAUAGCUCAAGAUUUCAUAGAUUCUUUCAAACCGUUUGAUUUUACAAUUCUUCCCCCGGUAUAUUUCAAAAAACCAGAGCAACAAACAGAUACCAGCAGUUCAGACGAGCCUAAACUCCACCCUAACCACCCGCAGUUCGACUACUCCCAUUUAACCGACCUUGAACGUGACGCUUUAGUCACAUCCACAUCACCAUUAUCCAAACACUUAAAGACCCGACAUUUGACCUUGAUUUCAUUGGGGGCGGUAAUAGGUACCGGUCUAUUCAUCAGUUCCGCCAACGCACUAGCCCAUGCUGGACCACUAGGUAAUGUCCUUGUAUGGAUAUAUAUCGGAAGCAUAGUGUUCACCACCAUGUCCAGUCUUGCGGAAUUAGCCACCGCGUUCCCCGUAAGUGGAGCGUUCGUGACAUACACCACAUUAUUUAUUGACAGUUCAUUUGGAUUUGCCAUUGCUUGGAACUACGCAUUACAAUGGCUCACCACCAUGCCCUUACAGUUAAUUGCUGCAUCUCUAACAAUCAAAUUCUGGACCGACAGUAUCAAUCCGGCCGUCUUCAUUACCAUAUUCUACGUUGUUAUUGUAUUAAUUAAUCUAUUUGGAGUGAAAGGGUAUGGAGAAGCAGAGUCGUUCCUUAGUGUCAUGAAAAUCCUUGCCGUAGUGGGAUUCAAUAUUCUCGCCAUCGUCAUUGUCACAGGCGGUGUUCCUGGCCAGCCAUACAUUGGUGCAAAAAAUUGGCACCCACCUGAAGGUGGAUUAUUCAAUGAUAGACAGCCAUUCAAGCAAAUGUGUUAUAUAAUAUCCAAUGCAUCCUUUGCAUAUGCCGGCAGUGAAAUCUUUGCUCUUGCCAGUGUUGAAUCAGCCACACCGAGAAAAUCGAUAAACAGGGCCAGAUUGCAGAUUUUCUAUCGUGUCAUGUUGUUCUACAUAUUCUCCAUGGUGAUGAUUGGAUUCCUUAUUCCAUACACGUCACCUAAACUUCUCGGAUCGGGAUCGAAAGCUGCAAUAUAUAAUGCCGACGCAAACGCAUCACCAUUUGUAAUUGCCGUGAAAAAUGCCGGUAUAAAAGCCUUACCAUCAAUUAUGAACGUUGUUAUUAUAAUCACGGUGUUGUCCGUGGGUAACGCCUCAGUUUACGGAUCAUCAAGAGUAAUGUGUGCCUUGGGAUCUUUGCGUCAAGGACCACGUUGGUUGAGUUACAUAGACAGGAAGGGAAGACCCAUGGCGGCAUUAUUAGUCCAAUUUGCAUUUGGAUUACUUGCCUAUCUUGUGUGUAUCCCUGGAACAAACGCCACAUUUCAAGUGUUUGAAUGGAUGCUAAGUCUUUCGGGCCUUUGUGUCUUGUUCACCUAUUUCGCAAUUUGUGUCAGUCAUUUACGAUUCCGCCGGGCAUUAAGCGUGAGAGCACGGGUCGCCAGUGAAGAACUAGUGUUUACCGGUCCAAUCUGGUGUUCAUGGUAUGCGAUAAUUUCGAUCAUCAUUGUUUUAGUUUUGCAAUUCUGGGCCGCGCUUUGGCCACCGCCAACACCAGGAUCACCCUACAAUCCUAGUGCAGAUCCGCAAAACUUAUUCAAGAUCUAUUUGGGUGGAGUGGUAUUAUUAAUUUUCUGGUUUGGACACAAGAUAUACAAUUACAAAGUAAAGCACAUCCCAUUGACGAAAUUAUGGCUUAGUGCAAAGGAAAUUGAUGUGGACACGGGCAGGAGAGUGGUUGAUUUAGAACAAGUUAAACAACAAAUCGCUGAAGAGAAACUCCUGUUGCAGAAUAAACCCUGGUGGUACAAAGUGAUGGGAUUCUUCUGUUAG